AUGAAGACGGCUGUGAAGGUUAUAACUAUACUGUUCACUCCAUCCCUUUGCUCUUUUCCCUAUUCUGCUCCUCUUUCGCCUCCUCCUCCUCCUCCUCCUCCUCCUCCUCCUCCUCCUCCUCCUCCUCCUCCCCCUCCAGAUCCAAGGACACCUUCUUUAUCACAAAAAUGGGCCAUACUGUCUGCCUGCCACCCAGAACUGCGCACUCAAACAAACGCCCAUGGUACCGUAAUCAUCAUAGCAUUACAUAGAUAG